CCUACCCUACCCCCACCCCUCGUAUAUUACCUCUUACCCCUACCUUACCCCUUACCACCUACCUCGGCCCCACCCCACCGCCAUCCUACCCCCACACUCGUACCGCCAUCCUACCCCCCCACCCCACCCGGAUCCCGGGCCCACCCUACAACCAUCCUAUCCCAACUCCCUACCCUACCCCUACCUACCCCAACCCCAACCCUACCCACUACCCCUACCCUUACUGCCAUCCUACCCCCCACCCUACCCCUUCCCUACCUUGGCCCCACCCUGGUCCCGACCCCACCCUACCGCCAUCCUAUCCCAACUCCCUACCCUACCCCUACCUUACCCCUACCCUACCCACUACCCCACCCUUACCUCUAACCACGACCCUAACCCACCCACUACCCCCACCCAACCCCCAACCCCUAGACCUUACCACCCCACCCCGACCAUACCCCUUACCCCACAAAGGUAAAUGCCUGGGCUUACUCCCCUGAGAGCCGCCUCUGAACUACGGCCAGCCGCAGCAGAAUCACGGCCAGCACCCCGCGCCACGUCAGCAGCAGUUCAACGGCCAUGGCCCGCCUCAGCCGCAACCUAUGGGACAAUCGGGUCAUUCUGCGGUUGCGUGUCCUGACUCCGGUGCCUCCGCUCAUAUGACCUCUAAUGAAGGUAUUUUGGUUAAUAUAUAUAUUUCUACUCAACCGCUGACUGUUGCGGUGGCUAAUGGUACUAAUUUACCGAUUAUGACUGUUGGUAAUUUGACAUUCCCUGCUAUGCCUGGACCUCUCCAUUUAAAAUUUGUUUUUCAUGUCCCUCAUUUGAAAUAUAAUUUAAUAUCCAUUCAAAAAUUAUGUGCCGAUAAUAAUUGUUUUGUAAUUUUUGAUAAAUCUUCUAUCUAUGUAAAGGACAAAAUUUCGGGGGAGGUGCUUCUUCAAGCUUCUAGUAAAGGUGGGGUCUAUCCUAUUUCCCUUAGCCACUCUCAACCGAUUGCUCUUAUUUCUCAUGUUGCUCGUGGACCUGUUUGGCAUAGACGCUUGGGACAUUGUGGCCGCCGGAUUUUAGAUAAACUUAAAAAGUCUGGGCCUAUUUUAAGUACUUCUACAUUUUCUCAUGAUUGUGUUUCUGUAGAUUAAGAAAAUCAC